AAAUAAAUAAAUAAAAAGAAAGAAAAAUGGCACCUUCAACAGCAGAGACUAGAGAAUCUACUAAUACUGAUCGUAUCGAUGUAAAGCGUAUUAAAAAGGAACAACAAUCUGUUAAGGAUAAAUUCUAUUCUGGUCUCUUUGAUCAAUCUUCUCGUGAUGAAAUUCGUAAAUCUGUUGAAGCCUCUAAGCCUUAUCCUCAUUGUAAGAUCUCCAAGUUAGUAAAUGAAGAUUUAUUGCGUCGUGUCCACAAAGAAAUCUUUAGUCAAUUGAACUUUACAACAAAGGAAACUGAUAUUUACAAAGUGAAUCAAACCGGUGACUUGGCCAACAUGGAUGGUCUUAGUGAAGAAGAACGUAGCAAGCUCUCUGCUCUCUUUGAACUUCGUAAUGCUAUCUAUUCUCAAGAGUUCCGAGAUUUCGUCUCUGAGGUCACUGGUUGUGGUCCCUUAUCACCUUCCAAGAUGGACAUGAGUGUGAAUACAUAUACAGCUGGCUGUCAUUUAUUGAACCAUGAUGAUGUGAUCGGUACUCGUCGUGUCUCCUUCAUUUUGUAUAUGCCUGGUGAACCUGAUGAAGAUUGGGAUCCUGCCUUUGGUGGUGCUCUCGAACUCUAUCCAGUUGUUGAACGUGAUAAGCCUGCAAACGAACCCUCUGUCUCUGUUCCUCCCAAGUGGAACCAAUUUGCCAUGUUUACUGUCUUGCCUGGUUAUUCCUUCCAUUCAGUAGAGGAAGUUGUGGUUGAAGAUAAGCCUCGUCUUAGUAUUCAAGGUUGGUUCCAUUUCCCUCAAGAAGGUGAAGUAGGUUAUAAGCCAGAUGCCGAAAAGAGUGAUACCCUUUCUUCUCUUCAACAGAUUGAAGCCGCAGUUGAAGCUAAGGAAAGUUUUGAAGAAUACAAGUCUGGUGCAUUAGAUGAAUCUGCUACAUUAGGUUUGACGGAAGAGGACUUGAAGGAACUUGUGACAUGGAUCAACCCUGUGUAUCUUAAUAUGGAAUUCCUUACACAAGUAACAGAAAAAUUUGUUGAAGAAUCUGCUAUUCAAUUAAAGGGCUUCUUAAAUGAUGAACUCUAUGAUAAAAUCAAGGCUGCUACCUUAAAGGCAGAUCAGAUGGAUAAGUUUACUGAACCUAUCAUGCCACCUCAUGGUACUGGCAUCAGAGGUUCUUGGUUCGUUCAAGGUUCCCCCGUAUCUCAACGUUUCCUUAAAUUGAGUGAUGAUGAUCUUAAAGAUGAUGAAGAAACCUCUGUCUUAUUUGCUGACCUUCGUUCUCGCUUCCAAUCUGAAGCCUUCCGUCAUUGGUUGGCCGUUGUCUCUCAAUUACUCCCUUGUGGUUAUCGAGGUCUUGCACGUCGUUUCCGUCCUGGUCAUGACUAUACCUUAGCUACUACCAACAUGCGUGGACAAGCUGUGUUGGAUGCCACUCUUUGUUUAGCUACUGCACCCACUGAAAAGGCUGCUGAACAAUGGGAAUCAUGUGAGUAUGGUGGAUAUGAAUGCUAUAUGGCCCCUCAUGAAGGUGAUGAUGAUCCAGCUACUUAUCGUACCUUUGAUGACGAUGGUGCUUUAUUGACAAUUGGUGCUGGCUCUAAUGAAUUAUCACUUGUCUUGAAGGAUGAAGGUGUUAUGAGAUUCAUUAAAUAUAUUAGUGCUAGAGCUCCUGGUGCUCGUUGGGAUAUUUCCUUUGAAUAUGAUUUACCUGAAGAAAAGGAAGAAGAAAGUGCUUAAAAGAUAUUUUUUUUUUUAAAAAAAAAUAUAUAAUUUAAUAAUAUUUGUUGUAUGUAUAUAAAAAAUAUUUAGACAGGCUUAUAAAUAUAUUUUUGUUUUCUUAAUGCAUAAAUACAAAGAAUAAU